GGUUCUCGGCUUGCUACAGUAAACCUAUAUGAGCUAAGUGUUUUAUAUUCAAGCAGAUUCCAGUUCAUCGAGCAUACAGACAAAACAAACCAAGCUACAUGUGUAUUUACAGAGAACUCAAUGCGAGUUUAGGUUACACAUACCCAGGAUGUCUGUUUCUUCAAAAGACUAUCAGCCUGCCUUGCCUGUGACAACCACCACUUCAACAGACCAUCAGCCUGCCUUACCUGUGACAGCCACCACUUCAACAGACUAUCAGCCUGCCUUGCCUGUGACAGGCACCACUUCAACAGACUAUCAGCCUGCCUUGCCUGUGACAGCCACCACUUCAACAGACUAUCAGCCUGCCUUGCCUGUGACAGCCACCACUUCAACAGACUAUCAGCCUGUCUUGCCUGUGACAGCCACCACUUCAACAGACUCCAUUUUAGAUAAUUCUAUAUCUAACAUGUCUAAUAUUCACCCAUUAUCAAAUGGAUGUCUGAUGAAUGGAUUUUUAGAAACAGAAGAAAUAGUGAAUUUGUUGACAUCUUUUGUGUAUCCUGACGCUCUAGACAACAUUCCUGAAGGAAUCAAAAACAAUGUUUAUUUUAUAGUUAAGAAUGAUGACAAUGUUGAAAGACAAAAACAGGGAGAUCAAAGUGAAUUUCCUGAUGAUUGUGGAGUAUACAAUUCUAAUAGAGGAAAAGACCCAAAAACUUACUUCAUUGUCAACCCAGAAGGCACACUUCAAAUGUUAUAUAAAAGGGGGGAUCAAUUCUACUCUGCUCUGAGAAUUAAAGGAAAUUUAAUAUAUUUACCACUGCAAACUCAACCCUCUUUGGAUAUCCUAAUUGAGCUGAACAGGAACUAUUUAACAUUGAGCAAUGAUUCGUCAUAUUUGAGACGUGUGUCGUGGUUAGGAGGACAUGAUAAUCAUAUUGCUGUAGUAGAAUAUGUUAAAAGUUAUACAGAAUCUAUUCAAACAAGUGCCAAUAUUACAGAUGAGAUCACAGAUAUAAUUCAAGAUAAACUUUUGAAUGUCAAAAGGAAACUUGAACAUGAUGAAUCAAGUGGGCCCAGCUGUAAAAAACAAGCACAUAACAAGAAGCUUAAUGAAAACAACAGUCAGGAUGAUUUGGCUGAAAAUAGAACAUUGUCUUCUAAUAACUACUUCUUGUCAACUGGAUGUCUGAAGAAAGGGUUUAUGGAGGCAGAAGAAAUUGUGAAGUGGCUGACAUCUUGUUUGUAUGAAAAAGCCUACAAUAAUAUUCCAAAUGGAGUUAAAAAUGAUGUUUAUUUUGUGGUAAAGAAUGAUGCAAAUGUAGAAAGACGUAAAAAGGGAAUCAAUAGUAAAUUUCCUGACGACUGUAAAGGAUAUACUCGCUCAAGUUCAGCAACCUCAAAAAAAUACUUUGUGAAUAACCCAGAAGGCAAGCUUAGGUUUGUAUAUAAAAGGGGUGAACAAUAUUGCUAUAUAAAGACAGUCAAAAGGAAACAAAUAUUCUAUCCGCUUGAAACUCAGCCAUCUUCAGAAAAUAUAAAUGUACUGUAUAGAAAAUAUUCCACAUCGAAGAAGGAUUCCACAUUCAAAAGACGUGUAUCAUGGUUGGGAGAAAAUGAAAAUCAUCUUGCCUUAGUAGAAUAUUCUGGGAUAUUUCCUGGACUAAAGCAACAAAGUAAUUGUAAAGAUACAGACUCUUUUCAAACUAGUGUUACGUCUGAGAUGUCAGAUAUGCUACAAGAUACUACAAGUUCCAGCAUAACAAAACAUACAUAUGACAUGAAGCACAAUGGCAGUUGGGAUGAUUUGGCUGAAAAUAGAACAUUGUCCUGUACAUGCUCUAAUAACUACUUCUUGUCAACUGGAUGUCUGAAGAAAGGGUUUAUGGAGGCAGAAGAAAUUGUGAAGCGGCUGACAUCUUGUUUGUAUGAAAAAGCCUACAAUAAUAUUCCAAAUGGAGUUAAAAAUUACGUUUAUUUUGUCGUAAAGAAUGAUGCAAAUGUAGAAAGACGUAAAAAGGGAUUCAAAAGUAAAUUUCCUGACGACUGUCAAGGAUAUAGUCAAUCAAAUUCAUCAACCAAUAAAAAUUACUUAUUGAAUAACAAAGAAGGCAAUCUUAGGUUUGUAUACAAAAGGGGUGAACAAUUUUGCUAUUCAAAGACAGUCAAAGGGAAAAAAAUAUUCUAUCCGCUUGAAACUCAGCCAUCUCCAGAAAAUAUAAUUGUACUGUAUAGAUACUAUACCACAUCGAAGAAGGAUUCCACAUUCAAGAGACAUGUUUCAUGGUUGGGAGAAAAUGAAAAUCAUCUUGCCUUAGUAGAAUAUUCUGGGAUAUUUCCUGGACUAAAGCAACAAAGUAAUUGUAAAGAUACAGACUCUAUUCAAACUAGUGUUACGUCUGAGAUGUCAGAUAUGCUACAAGAUACUACAAGUUCCAGUAUUACAAAACAUAUAUAUGACAUGAAGCACAAUGGCAGUUGGGAUGGUUCAGCUGAAUUGAGGACUUUGACCCCUAAUAUCCACUCCUUGUCAAAUGGAUGUCUCAACCAAGGGUUUUUGGACUCAGACGAAGUUAUCAAGACGCUGACAUCUUUUGUGUAUGAAAAAGCUCAUGCCAGUAUUCCAGAUGGAAUUAAAAAUGAUGUUUAUUUUGUGGUAAAAAAUGAUGAAAAUGUAAAAAGACGUAAAAAGGAUGCCAUUUAUAAUUUCCCUGAUGACUGUGGUGUAUACAAUAAAAUGAAGGGAUCAAGUGUGAAAAGUUACCAUGUUACUAACCCAGAAGGCACACUUAAGACUGUAUAUAAAAAAGGAGACCAGUUCUGCUAUACAAAGCAAGUCAAAAAGAAAAGUAUGUACUAUCCACUGGAUACUCAACCCUUGUCAGACAAUAUUAUUGAACUUUUUAGACAUUAUAGCAUAUUGAAGAAGACAACGUCAUACAGGAGACGUGUGUCAUGGUUGGGAGGACAUAAAAAUCAUCUUGCCUUAGUAGAGUAUUUUGGAACAUUUCCUGGGUUGAUGCCACAUGGGAAUUGUAAAAAGAAUAAAGAAUAUGUUAGAACGCCUGUAAUGUCUGAGAUGUCUGAUCUGCUACAUCAAGAUAAACCUUUGGACAACAAACUGACACUAAAACAUAAUGAAUUGAGUGGAACAAUCAGUAAGAGACAAAUACAUGACAAGAAUCACAGAGACAUGAAGAGACAAUUCAAACUGAAGACACAAAAGGCCAAACAGGUGGAACAAAGUAGCAUAGACAAUCAAGAUUCAUCAGAUGAAGUUCCAUCUGCAGUUUCUAAAACCUUAGACAAUAAUUUCCCAAAGUUUACCUGUGCUACUUCAAAGAAGACACCUCUAAGAUUUGAUGAACAAACAGUACAAGCUCCAUCUAUUUCAGAGGCAAUUUUAAUAGAAAUUGAAAAGGAAAAACUUGAAAUUGAAAGAAAAAAGCUGGCUUUAGAAAAAGAAAAAAUUGCCAUAAAAAGAGAAAAGCUGCAAAUGGAAAAAGAAAAGAUGAAAAUGAAAAAAAGAAAGCUUGAAUUAUUCGAGGAAUAUGUAACUUUAAAAAAAAUCAAACUUACAAACACGGUUUCUGAGGCUUGUGAAGUAUCAUGUAAUUAUUAGGAAAUAUAAAAAUCUGUUCCCCUCAAACAACUAGACCAAGAUCUGUGUGAUAGGAUCUUUGUUUUAUUCAUUAAAUAUGAAAAGAUGUGCUCACUUUAGACUUCUUUUUGACAGUUAACUAUUAUAUUUCUAAAUGUAUGUUUAUAUUGAAAUGUAUUCAUAAUUUUAUUCCAUUAAAUUUUCUAUGGAAACAAUAGAUUCAAGAGA